AUGGCGGCGGGAGGCAGCGCGGGGAGCGAGGUGGAGACGUGCGCGAGCGCCGUGGAGCUCCGGCAUGCGGAGGAGGUGCCGGGGAGGGGCCGUGGGCUUGCGCGCUCUUACGACUUGACCUCCGCCGUGGCCGAGCUAUCGCCGCAGCAGACCGUCGACGAGUUCCUCGCCCUCCACGGGGCGCUCGAGGCCGCAGUUCCCCGCGACGACAAGCGAGAUGGUCACGCCGCCGCCGGGGCCUGGCUGCGUGCCGCAGUCACCACUGACCUCGCACACUUCUCUCUACUAUACUCCGCGGCGUCUCCCAGCAAGUCCAGUGGCGCGGCGUCGCCUACGGUGUCCCCGGCGUCGCCGCCACCACCACUGGCACAACGGCCGGUGAUAUCUGGAGAAGCCGGCGCGGAGGAGGAGUCGUGGCUGGAGGCGGCGCGGAGGGCGCUCGGAGAGGAGAUGCGCGCGUGGUUUCUCGGCCACGUGGAGCGCCUGCUCGACGGCGACGUGGCCGGGACGCUGGGGCAGCUCAAGAGGGUGAACGACUGGCUGGACGCCGUCGGGCUCGGGCCGGAGUCGGACGCCGUCGAGCGCGUGAGGAAGAAGAUCUACGGCUGCCUGCUGGACCACGUCGAGUCGGCGGUGGUUGCGCUGAACGGCGGCGUUGCAGCUGCCCGCCGAAAAUAA